CUAUGUUUACAAUCGGUGGAGUGAAUAGCAGUGGCCACGAUUUUACAAAUUUUAACCAUAUUUAUGGGUUCAACUGCCUCUGUACUUCAGUGGAGGUGCAAUGACUGUAAUUACCUCAAUAGUAAGGACGCUGAUGUCUGCUACCGCUGCCACAAGGUUCGAUCAGCAGAGCACUGUACGGACUGUAACUCUCACCUUGUCGACAAUGGGUUGAAAGAGAAAGCAGUUGGGGAUUACCAGGGCCAGGAAAGCGUUACUGAUGGACUAAAGAUGGAGAGAGCUGCAGAAGGACACCUGAUUGUCAGAAACAGUCAAAUAAUCACCAAGGAAUGGUGCUGCAAGUACUGUCGCUUCAUCAAUACACUUACAGUACAAGUAUGCCAGAAGUGUAGCUACCAGAGAGACUUGAUUGUCCCUCAGAGUGUUUCCUCAAAUAAUCCUGAUGGUUCAUUAAAGGAAAAUAAGAAGGAUGAAAAGGUGGCAACAGCUUCUUCAGAUAAACCUUUGCCAGGUACAACUGAGGAAAAAAUUCAGGAUAAAGAAAACACUCUAAAAUCUGCUUCAGUUACCAGUAGCAAAGAAUAUGAAAGAAGUGACGAAAACAGCUCCACUUUACCUGAUUAUACAACUCAAAAGAUACAUUAUGCUCCUUGCAAAUUGGAAGAAAAUGAUGUUGAAAUGGACUGUGCACUCAACCCUGUAAUUAUACAGGUUUAUGACAAAGAGGACCUACAGGGAAGGAAUGGAGCUCGAAAAAUAUCUCCAACAUUUGUAAAUAGUACAAACAUACAGAGUGAUACCACUUGUACUUCCAUUGGCUCAAUCUUAUAUCCCCCUAGCACAAACUAUAAGCCUCCAGUUCCUAAUACUGCGAGACAUGUGACCACUAAUGACAAUAUUGUCCCAAUGCAAAAUUCUGAAGGCGGCUUUGCUUUUGCAACUUGGAAGUGUAAGAAAUGUACAUUAGAUAAUCCAGUGACUGUAAAGCAGUGUACUGCAUGUGACUCCCGUAGAACAUCAAGUACCCCAGUGACCUUUCCUUCCAGCUCAGCAUUGGCAGUUCAGAACAAGCACCGCCAUCUGGAAAAAAGUAGUUCUGACUCUGCUGUACCCCAAACUUUAUGUAGUCUUCCUAAGCAGAUACCAAAGUCUAAAGAAAAAAACACAUCACAAGAGUCCCUUCGUGUCAGAGAAGAGAAAGAGUGGACUUGUAAGCACUGCUCAUAUUCAUGCAAUCCCCCGUGGCAGAAACAAUGUGAUAGGUGUAAUGAUCCUACAACUACCAAGACCAGUGCUGUAGGUAGUUCCAGACAGGACCCCAUUGAUCUAACCAGGGGCUCUUAUCACUUGUUUUCUCAUGAAAAAUACCAAGAGCCUGUUGUUGAUCUCACAUCGGAAGAUGUUGAGAUGGAGGAGGAUUUUCAACGAGAUCCCUCACAGCCUGAUCCAGGAACUGAUUCUGAGAAGGCUUCUACAUGGACAUGCACAAUGUGCACUUUUAAUAACACAGCAUUUAAUACCAAGUGUGAAAUGUGUGACUUCCCGAGACCCCAAGAUGUGAAAGAAGACAAAUUAUCACAUGGGGAAAUGUGGGAGUGCCGUAGAUGUACACUACAGAACCCAGUGACUGCACCAGUGUGUGGUGCCUGUCAAUCCAAGAAGGAAGUCUUGUUACCUAAUGCAGAUGAUAUACCUUUAGAUUACAAUGUAUCUCCUCUGAACAGUUCACCAGUGCCAAUCACAUCCCCUGCAUCAACAUCAGUGGCAAGAUACAAAACAGCAGCAUUAGUGACAACACCACAGAAUAAGGCGAUUGCAGCUUUGCCUGCAACAGCAGCAAAUGCUAAAACAUCAGCAACAAACACACAUUUACAAUCAAGUACAACCAAAAUGACUGACAGUGAGCAGUCAGUGUCAAAGCACAAAGAACCUGUGGAGUCUGAGUUGCCUCCUCUACCUCUGUCACCAUUGUCAAGUUCAAACCACUUCUCACGACCACAAUGGACAUGUACUGUCUGUACCUAUGUCAAUGACCUCAGUGCAAAGACGUGCCAUGUUUGUAGGACUUCAGUACAUACAGCUGCUAAAUCUCCUGGACCAGCCCCUACCUCUCCUCCACCAUCAGUACCACUCUCUUCCUUGCUGAGACAGGAGAGUAAACUGAUGGAAACUGUGAGGCAUAAGGAAGAAGAGAAAGCUAAGGAAAUUUGGGAAGGAAUCAUUGCAUAUUGUAAACAGAAUAAAGAUAGGUUUGUUGAUGAUCAGUUUCGACCGGGUCCACAGUCUCUCAACUACAAGCCCCAAGAUCACCCUGAUUCCCCAGUGAUGCAGUGGUUAAGACCACAGGAAGUGGCCUGCAAUAGUAUGCAGGAGAGGAUGACCAACUGGACUGUAUUCAGGAGAAGUCCUAUGCCAUCAGAUAUAUCACAGGGUGUCCUAGGGAAUUGCUGGUUUCUCAGUGCCUUGGCAGUGCUAGCAGAGAGGCCAGACCUGGUAGAGAAAGUGGUCAUUACGCGUGAGGUGUGUCCAGAGGGAGCAUACCAGAUAAGGCUGUGUAAAGAUGGCCUGUGGACCACUGUCCUGGUGGAUGACCUCUUCCCGUGUGAUGCCUCUGGAAGGCUAGUCUACUCUCAGGCUAAGAGGCGCCAGCUGUGGGUUCCUUUGAUAGAGAAAGCCCUAGCCAAGGUACAUGGCUGUUAUGAAGCCCUCAUAGCAGGAAGAUGUAUAGAGGGUCUGUCCACACUGACUGGGGCACCUUGUGAGAGUAUAGCACUGCAUAACAGUGGAAGUCCCCAUGAAGAUCCAGUGGAUGCUGACUUCAUAUGGGCACAACUACUCAGUUCCAGAGAAUCAGGCUUUCUCAUGGGUGCAUCUUGUGGUGGAGGCAACAUGAAUGCCAAUGAAGAACUCUACCAAGACUUAGGUCUUCGUGCUAGACAUGCAUAUUCCAUCCUUGAUGUGCAGAAUGUUAUUGGGAACAGACUUCUGAAAAUUCGUAACCCAUGGGGGAGAUUUUCUUGGAAGGGGGACUGGUCAGACAGAUCCCCCAGGUGGCAAGAAAUUGAAAAAACACGAAAAAACCAACUACUGGUUCAUGGAGGACAGGAAGGAAUAUUCUGGAUGUCGCUGGAAGAUUUUCUCAGCUAUUUUGACAGCGUUGAUAUAUGCAAAGUCAAGGGAGACUGGAGAGAGAUGAGACUACAGGGAAGUUUCCCACCAAAUGCUAAAGGACCAAUGCAGGUUGCUAUGGUUACAGUGUACCAACCAACUGAAAUAGAAUUUGGUCUUUUUCAAGAAGGUUCAAG